AUGAGUUGUCCAUCCUCAACCAAUGAGCCAGAGAGGUGCAGCAGCGAGGGCAGCGGCUGCACCACUUCCUCUAUCACCACCUCUGACCCGUCCUCUAUGUCUGGACACACUCACUCCAACCUACCUUCCCUCAGUGACACCCCGAAAACCAAGCAUGAAGCACCCCCUCCUCCUCCGCUGCCACCUCCGCCUCCCGGGGCCCCCCCGCCUCUGCCACAGACCAUGUCCAACAGCCACAACGGGAGGAAGAAGCGCCGCGUACGCAGCUUCUUCUGGAAGCCGAUCCCGGAGGAGAAGGUCCGCGGGAAGCCCAACAUCUGGACGAUGGCGGUGCGGCAGCAGCAGUACCAGAUCGACGUGCGCUCUGUGGAGGAGCUGUUCGGGCAGCAGGAGGAGGCAGUGACAGGCGUACGUGGGGGGACGCCGGCCACUGGAACCUCAGCCCGUGUUGCCCGGUCCCGGUCCUUCAAAGAGAGCAGCAAAGAUGAGAUCAGCAUCCUUGACUCCAAGAGGGGGAUGAAUGUGGGCAUUUUCCUCAAGCAGUUUAAAAAGUCCAAUCGCUCCAUUGUGGAAGAUAUACGACAAGGAGAAGGAAAGGUUUAUGGAGCAGAGCUGCUCAAAGACCUGCUGAAGCUCCUUCCUGACAUAGAGGAGAUAAAGAAGCUGCAGGCAUUUAAAGGAGACCCAGUCAAGCUGACACUCGUUGAUUCCUUUAUGUACCUCUUGAUCCAGGUGCCACGCUUCGAGGUUCGGAUUGAGGCCAUGGUCCUGCAAGAAGAGUUCUUCCCUUCCUGUGCAUUGAUGAGCCGUGAUAUCGAUGUCGUCCGCGUCGCCACUAAAGAGCUGAUGGGCUGCGAAGAGCUCCACGCCAUUCUGCAUUUGGUGCUGCAGGCUGGAAAUAUCAUGAAUGCUGGAGGCUACGCAGGCAACGCUGUGGGCUUCAAGCUGUCAUCCCUCCUCUCAUUGGCUGACACUAAGGCCAACAAACCUGGGAUGAACCUCCUGCACUUUGUCGCCAUGGAAGCAAAGAAAAAAGAUGAGAAGCUGCUCAAGUUUCCAGAUAAGCUUCAUGAUGUCCAGAGUGCAGCCAGAGUUUCAGUGGAGAACAUCGAGAUGGAGUUCUCCUCCUUAUAUGUUCGGAUCAAAUCCCUCGAGGAAAAGGUUCAAGGAGACCCGGAGCUAUUGCAGCAGCUAGAGCCCUUCCUGCAGAGUUCAGCACGGACACUUCAGGACCUGAAGAGACGCAGGCUGGAUCUGCGUAAAGAGGGGAACACUCUCAUCGAUUUCUUUUGUGAAGACAAGGACACCUUCAAGCUGGACGAGUGCUUCCGCAUUUUUCAAGACUUCUGCAUCAAGUUCAAGAAGGCCGUUAAGGACAACAUGGACCGCGAGUUGAAGGAGGCAGCGAGGCAGCGUCGACUGAGAGAAUUGGAGGAAAAGCGCUUUGCAUGGUCCGGUGCAGAUCAAAGCGGGGGAUUCGGUCGGAGCAGCAGUGAGAACGACGUGGAGAUGCUCACUAAGGAAGGCCUACUGGACUUCUUCCAGCAGAGGUCUCAGAGUCCACACAGCCCAGUGGGACGUUCCGCCAGCGCUCGCCGGCACCGUCAUACCAUGACGUCCAUUGCAGACCGCGAACUUCAAGGAUACCUGGAGCUAUUUGGAGGCACUGGAAAUCCCACUGACUAUUCCAAGUUUAACAGCCUACCUCGUUCAGGUCGCCCCCUCCAGCGGAAGAUGACUCCCUGGAUCUUAGACCAGGAUGACAACCGUGAGUUGGGGUGUGACAGACAGGUGACGUCUCCAGAAACCGAACCAAUUAGCCCACUGGCCCGGUUUUCCUCCUCUAGGCUAAACGCCAAUGAGGACCCAUACAACAAUAAUAAUAAUUACUCAUCUUUGUCCGAGGGCAGUGUUCUGCCUCACUCCUUUUAUGCCUUUCAGAAGUCCAACCCAACAAUUACCAGCCACAUGAAUUUUAAUGUGGAGAAGCAUACUUUAGUUCGAGGUCCUCAAGCAUUUGAACUACCUAGUCCAAACAAUAACAGCAAUCAUAUGCACUUUGUCAACCAGGGGGACGUUGUGGUGACUGAUAUGGAAAAGGAGAGACUGUCACCUCCCAAGAACCUGGACAAUCUUCCAGGAGUUUUAGAACGAGGGCUGGAUCUCAAGACAGCAUGGCAAGGGAAAACAGAUUCUCCAGCACAGACUGGGAUUUCUCCUGAAAGAGAGAAAGAAGAAGAGAACAGCACAGUUUCAUCAACAACCUGUGGCACUCCUCUCCCAUUAGAUACCUCUGUAUCCAAUAAGAAGCCAGUGUUUUAUAUACUAGACUGCACAGAAACAGACUGCUCUGUUACUCUGGAUUACUCUGAAGUUGAAAGCUCAUCUCUAACAAAAGAAGGACUUAAUUUCAGCACAAGCGACUGCAGCAAAGAUCAGGAGAGUCAGCAAGAUCCAAGCUCUCUGUCCUCUAAUCUGGAGUCUAUGUCUCCCAAUGACCAGUCAGUUUCAACCAAUGAACUCUCAGCGCCAAAAUCUGUGGAUGCAGCAUCCAUGACUCCAUCGCCUACCUUAGAGGAGUGGGACACAGAGAGCUGUGACACUGCAGAAGGAAAACAAAGCGUGGAGAAAGAUACUCAGAGUAGCAGCAAAAAUAAAGCAGUGCAUGCAAAGAGCAAAACUAUCAAGGCCACUAAGAGCAAUGGUGGUCGCGGUGUGCGAACACUGACCAACAGUGAGACCCAGGGCAUGCGGAAGGUUGUGCCCAUUAACAAGCUUGUUAGAACAGGUAACAACAAGAAAGCAGAGAGAACCUCGACACAUGAGGGUGGAGAGUCACGGCGGCCUCUGCGUGACCAGAGCACACCAGCCAGAGGACAGAGCGAGAAGACGGCAAGACCUCCUCGACACUCCAGUCUGCCUCCAGGUGACUCCAAAGCUCAGAGGAGCUUCACAGGCAGCAUUUCCAGAUGGGCACGUGAUUCUAUGCCAAGGAAAGGCUCCAUCCACAAGCUGAGCACCAAACCUCUGAGGAACAUCCCAAAGCCUCCACCCGAGGAGAAGAUGUGCCGCUCCACUAUGAGAGCCCUGGCACAGGCACAGGCACAGUGUGCAGCUUCCUCUGAGAACGGCAGCACACACACACUAUGCCCCAAGAGCAACUCCGGUCUUCCCAGCUUUGCCCGCAACACCGUAGCUUCGACUUCCAGGACCAAGAAAGAGCUGGCCAUCCCCUCAGUCCCCUCAGUCCCCUCCGUCCCCUCCACCCCGUCUCGCAGCUCCUCAGCCAUGGGUCGACAAAGCUCCUUGAAGCAGAACAGGUUAUCAUCCACAGUCCACGGCAGUGAGGAGCGGCCUCAAGGGACAAAUUUGCGACGAGUGCAAAGCGUGAAGGCGGCCAGUCGCAGUGCAUACCGCAGCGAGACUCCCCCUCCACCUACAACACGUGAAGAUAUUCGUAAGACCAAUAGCUUUUCUGAAAAGUCAGUCCAGUCUCGAGACUCGGGUACAUCCAGAAACUUGAAGCCAACCUGGAAAUAA